CAACCAAAUUCAAUCGUCAUUUGUGAAGCACCUGGAGAAGAAUAUUCUCUUGAGAAAAAUCCCAUUCCCAUGGAACAAUCUCAAACCGACCGAAACCCCAAAACCCAAUCCAUCCCGCCUUACAUGAAAGCCAUUUCCGGUUCCGUCGGCGGUGUAAUGGAAGCCUGUUGUUUACAGCCCAUCGAUGUGAUCAAGACGAGGCUGCAGUUAGACCGGACGGGUAAUUACAAGGGAAUCGUUCAAUGCGGAGCCACCGUGUAUCGAGCCGAAGGGGUGCAGGCUCUUUGGAAAGGUUUGACGCCCUUCGCCACUCACUUGACGCUCAAGUACGCGUUGCGGAUGGGUUCCAAUGCGGUGUUUCAGAGCGCGUUUAAGGACUCGACCACCGGUUCGUUAAGUAACCAGGGGAGGCUUUUGGCUGGUUUCGGUGCUGGGGUUUUGGAAGCCCUUGCGAUCGUCACUCCUUUUGAGGUGGUGAAAAUUAGACUGCAACAACAGAAAGGGUCGAGUCCAGAGCUUCUGAAGUACAAAGGUCCCAUACAUUGCGCUCGAACAAUCAUCCAAGAAGAGGGCAUCUUCGGGCUUUGGGCAGGAGCCGCCCCGACUGUCAUGCGUAACGGGACGAACCAAGCCGCAAUGUUUACGGCCAAGAAUGCUUUCGACGUGAUAUUGUGGAAGAAACAUGAAGGUGAUCAGACAGUCAUCCAACCAUGGCAGUCCAUGGUAUCAGGGUUCCUUGCAGGAACAGCCGGUCCGGUAUGUACCGGUCCCUUCGAUGUCGUCAAAACUAGACUGAUGGCUCAGAGUCGAGACGGAGGCGAGUCGAAAUACAAGGGUAUGAUCCACGCUAUCCGAACCAUAUACGCGGAGGAAGGAGUUUGUGCAUUGUGGAAAGGAUUGCUGCCUCGGAUGAUGCGGAUACCGCCUGGCCAAGCCAUAAUGUGGGCUGUUGUAGACCAAAUAACUGGUCUUUACGAGAAAAGAUACUUCUAUAGUAGUGCAGCAUUAUAA